AUGCACCGCCGCUCCUGGACUCGGUACGGCUGCCCGUGCCUGUGCUGCUUGUUGCUGCCCGUGCGUGUGCUGCCUGAUGCCGCCCGUUGCUGCCUGUGCCUGUGCUGCCCGUUGCUGCCUGUUGCUGCCCGUGCCUGUGCUGCCCGUUGCUGCCCAUUGCUGCCCGUGCCUGUGCUGCCUGUUGCCGCCCGUUGCUGCCCGUGCCUGUGCUGCCUGUUGCUGCCUGUUGCUGCCCGUGCAUGUGCUGCCCGUUGCUGCCUGUUGCUGCCUGUGCCUGUGCUGCCUGUUGCCGCCCGUUGCUGCCCGUGCCUUUUGCUGCCCGUGCCUGUGCUGCCUGUUGCCGCCCGUUGCUGCCUGCGCGUGUGCUGCCCGUUGCUGCCUGUUGCUGCCCGUGCCUGUGCUGCCUGUUGCCGCCCGUUGCUGCCCGUGCCUGUGCUGCCUGUUGCUGCCCGUGCCUGUGCUGCCCGUUGCCGCCUGAUCGCUGCCCGAGCCUGUGCUGCCUGUUGUCGCCCGUUGCUGCCCGUGCCUGUGCUGCAUGUUGCUGCCCGUGCCUGUGCUGCCUGUUGCCGCCCGUUGCUGCCUGUGCCUGUGCUGCCCGUUGCUGCCCGUGCCUGUGCUGCAUGUUGCUGCCCGUGCCUGUGCUGCCUGUUGCCGCCCGUUGCUGCCUGUGCCUGUGCUGCUCGUUGCUGCCUGUUGCUGCCUGUGCCUGUGCUGCCUGUUGCCGCCCGUUGCUGCCCGUGCCUGUGCUGCCCAUUGCCGCGUGUUGCUGCCCGAGCCUGUGCUGCCCGUUGCCGCCCGUUGCUGCCCGUGCCUGUGCUGCCUGUUGCUGCCCGUGCCUGUGCUGCCUGUUGCCGCCCGUUGCUGCCCGUGCUAGUGCUGCCUGUUGCCGACCGUUGCUGCCUGUGCCUGUGCUGCCCGUUGCUGCCUGUUGCUGCCCGUGCCUGUGCUGCCCGUGCCUAUGCUGCCCGUUGCCGCCUGUUGCUGCCCGUGCCUGUGCUGCCUGUUGCCGCCCGUUGCUGCCCGAGCCUGUGUUGCCUGUUGCUGCCUGUGCCUGUGCUGCCCGUUGCCGCCCGUUGCUGCCCGUGCCUGUGCUGCCCGUUGCCGCCUGUUGCUGCCCGAGCCUGUGCUGCCCGUUGCCGCCCGUUGCUGCCCGUGCCUGUGCUGCCUGUUGCUGCCCGUGCCUGUGCUGCCUGUUGCCGCCCGUUGCUGCCUGUGCCUGUGCUGCCCGUUGUUGCCUGUUGCUGCCCGUGCCUGUGCUGCCCGUUGCCGCCUGUUGCUGCCCGUGCCUGUGCUGCCUGUUGCCGCCCGUUGCUGCCCGAGCCUGGGGUGUCUCUGCAUUAG